UCCAACAAGUCGUCGCCCUCUCGGGCUCGCUCAGCUCUCUUCCCCUUCCUUCCUCCUCCUCGGCUCGGCGCGACGAGUCCUCGCCAUGGCGAGUCGCCGGUCGCGUCGGCUCGGCUCGCUCGUGCCCUUCGCCGCCGCGGUGGUCCUCCUCCUCCUCAUCGCUUCCGCCGCCGCCGCCGCCGCGGGAUCCCCCGAUCGGGCCGGCCCCGCGCGGCCGCCGCUGGUGCUCCCGCUCACGCUCGCCUACCCCAACGCCACCCGCCUCCCCGCCUCCUCGGCCAGGCGCGGCCUCGGCGAUGGACACAACCCCAACGCCCGCAUGCGCCUCCACGAUGAUCUCCUCACCAACGGGUAUUACACGACGAGGCUGUACAUCGGGACGCCUUCGCAGGAGUUCGCGCUGAUCGUGGACUCCGGGAGCACCGUCACCUACGUUCCCUGCGCCACCUGCGAGCAGUGCGGCAACCACCAGGAUCCACGAUUCCAACCUGAUCUCUCCAGUACAUAUUCACCAGUAAAAUGCAAUGUUGAUUGUACUUGUGAUAAUGAGAGGAGUCAAUGCACUUAUGAGAGGCAGUAUGCUGAAAUGAGCUCCAGCAGUGGUGUGCUUGGCGAGGACAUUAUGUCAUUUGGCAAAGAAAGUGAACUUAAGCCACAGCGUGCUGUUUUUGGCUGUGAAAACACCGAAACAGGAGAUUUGUUCAGUCAACAUGCUGAUGGUAUUAUGGGGCUGGGCCGUGGUCAACUUAGCAUAAUGGAUCAGCUUGUUGAGAAGGGUGUCAUUAGUGAUUCAUUCUCUCUGUGCUAUGGUGGAAUGGAUGUUGGUGGUGGUACUAUGGUACUUGGUGGGAUGCCUGCUCCUCCUGACAUGGUUUUCUCUCAUUCAAACCCUGUCCGCAGCCCGUAUUACAACAUUGAGUUAAAGGAAAUACAUGUUGCCGGAAAGGCAUUGCGGUUAGACCCAAAGAUAUUCAACAGCAAACAUGGCACUGUCUUAGAUAGUGGAACCACAUAUGCUUACCUGCCUGAACAAGCAUUUGUUGCAUUUAAAGAUGCUGUGACAAAUAAAGUAAAUUCUCUGAAGAAAAUCCGUGGCCCAGAUCCAAAUUAUAAAGACAUCUGCUUUGCAGGUGCUGGAAGGAACGUCUCCCAAUUAUCAGAGGUAUUUCCAGAUGUUGACAUGGUAUUUGGAAAUGGGCAGAAGCUUUCGCUUUCACCUGAAAACUAUUUGUUCCGGCAUUCGAAGGUUGAAGGGGCUUAUUGCUUGGGUGUGUUUCAGAAUGGAAAAGAUCCGACAACACUAUUAGGGGGAAUUGUUGUCCGUAAUACUCUUGUAACCUAUGACCGUCACAAUGAGAAGAUUGGCUUUUGGAAAACUAACUGUUCAGAGUUGUGGGAGAGGCUCCAUAUUAGUGAAGUUCCUUCAUCAGCACCUUCAGAUUCAGAGGGAGAUAUGGCACCAGCUCCUGCUCCUAGUGGUUUGCCUGAAUUUGAUGUUGGCCUAAUCACUGUUGAUAUGUCCAUAAAUGUUACUUAUCCAAACCUGAAACCUCACCUCCAUGAGCUGGCUGAGCUUAUAGCUAAAGAGCUGGACAUUGACUCCCGUCAGGUUCGAGUUAUGAAUGUUACAAGCCAAGGAAACUCUACUCUAAUCAGAUGGGGGAUUUUUCCAGCUGGACCUUCUAAUUCUAUGACUAAUACAACAGCAAUGGGUAUCAUUUAUCGGUUGACCCAACAUCACGUCCAGUUGCCUGAAAAUCUUGGCAGUUAUCAGUUACUUGAAUGGAAUGUGCAGCCUUUAUCCAAGAGGUCAUGGUUCCGAGAUCAUGUAGUCUCUAUACUGCUUGGAAUUUUGCUAGUUGUUUUGCUGACUUUAUCGGCCCUUUUAGUACUGAUUGUCUGGAGAAAGAAAUUUAGAGGUCAAGCGGCAUAUAGACCUGUGGAUUCAGCAGUUCCUGAGCAAGAGCUCCAACCGCUAUAAUUUGGAGUGGUUCAACGGAGUAAACAUAUAGGCGAUUCUUUGGUAGAAAUACCGUUGUGCGGGCUGCCAUGUUGCAGCGGGUUCACAUCCGCUGCUGGGAGUUGCCCUUUUUCUUUGUAUGUAACACAAGCUACAAGCUUACAGAAGAAGCACAAGAUUACAUAACUUCUCGAUUCAGCACUUAGAGCCUCUGUUCAUAAACUGUCUAGCGAUUCAGAUCAAGAGCUUCCUCUUGUAGCUUACAGUAGAAGAAGGUUUUGUUCGUGUAAUGUAGAUUAAGUAGAAUAGAGCAAGGCACAAAAGCACAGCAGCCAUGGACGGAAUGUUGUAUUAUCUAGUAUCUGAUAAGUGCUGAGGAUAUUCGGCUUCUACAGUGUUUUCACGUUUCAUUUC